UUAUUAUCAAGUGAAUUUUAAAGAAAAAUCAAUCAAGAAAAGUUAAUUAAAUAUGUUGUGAAAAAGAAAUAUACAUAAAUAUUAUAUAUACAAACAUUUUUUAAAUUGUGUAAAACUUUUUGAUAUGAGUCAAAACUAAAAUAAGUGUAUGUGAAUGUUAUAUUUUGAAAAAUAAAACAUAAAAAAAAAUAAAAAUAAAACCAAGGUCAUACUAAAAAAUGGAAACACAUAAAUUGCCAUUAUUUGGAUCUCAAUUGAUUGAUUUAAACUCCAAAACUCCAUAUUCUGAUGCAACUCAGACAAAAAAGCACAAUCCAGGACACAUAAAACGACCAAUGAAUCCGUUUAUGGUUUGGUCACAAAUCGAACGCCGUAAAAUUUGUGAAGUAACUCCUGAUAUGCAUAAUGCUGUGAUCUCAAAAAGCUUAGGUGUACGAUGGAAAUCUUUGUCGGAAGAACAAAAACAACCAUUUGUCGAAGAAGCAGAACGACUUCGAAAACUUCAUUCACAAGAAUACCCUGAUUACAAAUAUAGACCUAAAAAGAAACAAUCUGUUGUUCCAAAACCAUUGUCUACAAGCAAAUCAGAAUCACCGAGUAGUCCACCGCGUAAUCAUCGAAAACGUCCAAGAGAAAAGCAUAUGAAAUCCAAUUCAAUUGAUCGUAAAAACAAGAAAUCACGAAGUAGAUUUACUGAGAACUCUUUAAGUCUUGAUGCAUCUGAUUGUGAGUACAAAAACUCAGAGCAUCAAACGCCAAGAAGUCUUAGUUACUCUCUUUCAGCAAGUGACAUUCUACCCAAUUCUCCCGAGAGUGCAACACUUUAUGAUGCAUUUGUUGAUCAAAACAAUACUAAGGUUGAAUUUUACGAAACUGACUUAUUUAACUCAACUACUGAUUUGAAUGAACUUGGCUCAGAUGAAAAUAGUAGAAAUUUCAGCACAUCAAACAUGUUUUUCGAUGAUAAUGAUACUAUGACAACCAACAGUCAACAUAAUGUACAGAAUAGUAAUUUACAAUAUGCAAAUAUGAUAACGAAUGCACCAAUAGUUUUUGCGAAUGAUCUUAAUGAAUCCGAUCCCACAGAUUGUAAAAGUUAUAUAAAUGUUGAUUCAAAUCUUAAUUUUUCAACAACUACCAGCGCUCAACCGUUAUCAAUUAUUCAACAAAAUGAUAACGAUGAAUCAUCAGGUGAACAAAAAUUGGCAAUGUACACAUACAAAUUUGACCAUAAUUAUGGAGAUUUCAAUAUGAUUGACUCAGAGUUUCCUCAAAAUAAUAACUUAACUCAAAGUGAUUGUAAUAAGACAUUAACAACUUCUUAUCAAUUGGAAAAUUGUGAUAUUGGUCCGAUAGACUUUGACAUAAAUAGUAGUCAUCUCGAGUUUAUAUCAGACUGUUCUGAUUUGUUAUCCGAUUUUGGCAUUUCGCAAAACUUUAUAAUAUAAUUAUAAGAAAACAAAUUUACAAAUUAAAAGUAAAAAUCAAAUUAAGAAUUAAACUAAAUAAACAAUCG